AUGUGUGGCAGGUUCCUGAGGCAGCUGGUGGCUGAGGAGAGCCGGCACUCCACCCACGUGGGGCGCCUCCUGCUUCCCGUGCUCCUGGGAUUCCGUUUUGUGCUGCUGGCUGCCAGUGGGACGGGGGUCUAUGGUGAUGAGCAGAGUGAAUUUGUGUGUCACACUCAGCAGCCAGGCUGCAAGGCCACCUGCUAUGAUGCCUUCCACCCCCUCUCCCCACUGCGCUUCUGGGCCUUCCAAAUCAUCUUGGUGGCUGUGCCCAGCGUCCUCUACAUGGGUUUCACUCUGUAUCAUGUGAUCUGGCACUGGGAAGAAUCGGAAAAGGUGAAGAAGGAAGAGGAGACCCUGGGCCUUCAAGGGGAGGAUAGCAGAGAUGCCCUAGGGUCUGGAAGCCCCAGGCUGCUCUGGGCCUAUGUGGCACAGCUGGGAGUGCGACUGGUCCUUGAGGGGGCAGGCCUGGGGGGGCAGUACCAUCUGUAUGGCUUCAAGAUGCCAGGCUCCUUUGUGUGUCGUCGAGAGCCUUGCCUUGGUAGUAUAACCUGUAAUGUGUCUCGCCCCUCUGAGAAGACCAUCUUCCUAAAGACCAUGUUUGGGGUCACUGGACUCUGUCUCUUGCUUACUCUCUUGGAACUUGUGCUCCUGGGCCUGGGGAGAUGGUGGAGGACCCGGAAGCACAAAUCUCCCUCUUCUAACUACUUCCCAACUUCAGAGAGUACCAGAAGACACAAGGAACCAACCAACAACUUCCUGGUGGUGGAAACAAGAGAGCAGUUCCGAGAAGCAGGUGAGAAGGGCACUCACGUCACUCUUUCUUCCUGCCCCUGA